UGUUUAUAGUAAGAGCAGCGAUUGAAUGGUAGACUUCGCAUUGAAAGAAGUCGUUUCAUUCAAGUUGCGUUUCCUAAAUCGCAUCGAGCUGUUUCAUAAGCUUCUUCGUAUAUUCAGGAAUGUUAUGCCCAGGAAUGCUUGCUUGUAUGUUUGUAUUUGUGUAGUUGACGUGCUUUUGUAUAUUGCAAGUUUCAUACCUGGCUGUGAGAUACUAUUUAUACUUUGCUCAUAAUAAAAUUAUCGAUUUCAACUGGUGUCAAAAUGCUGCCGAAGCUUAGAAGAUUUCUUGGUAGUAAACCAUAUCGGAGCUCGAAGCGCUCGGCAUCUGGACAUGGCAAGGAACUGCAGAACGAUAUUAACAGCCCAGAAGAAUCGUUUCUUGAGGAAUCUUUUCGUAGCAGGACAAGUUCCAUUGACGAAAAUACGUUAAACCAAGAGCUGCAUUUUAUCGUUGACUACUUGGGAUACUGUCAAGUGUCCGAAGUUCAGUCCAUAUCGCUGCUUUUGGAAAGCGUGAAGCGUGUAAAGAAAGGGUAUACGGAACCACGUCGUGUAGACUUUGUUAUCACAGAGGGAGUUUUAAAGAUUUCCAGAGUUGGUGGACAUGCAUUGAUCCUGACAGUGCCGUUAUACAUUGUGGCUUUGUGUGCACAGGAAUCUCUGAGGGGUUUCGAUAAAUGUUUUGGUAUAAAUAUCACUCGAAAGAAUGCCCAUCUGUGUUAUGUGUUCCAAGCUGGUUCAAGCCUCGAGGCAUCCAGUAUCGUUCGAUCAGUGGCUCUCUCUUUCAAAUCACUCGGUAAAAUGUUGCGCCAAAAGAAAGAGAGGAUACGAAUAAAGCAACGGAGGCGAAAGACUACGUCGUUUCGUCACAUGUACGCCGAUUCUGAUUGGUCGAGCCAGACUGGUUAUGUUAACGACUCCAUAAAUGAUUCCUGGCAGACGUUCGAUAUGCGUUCUAGGGUUUCCAGUACGACAAGUAAAGGUACUUGUAGCGAAAUACGAUCUGCUAUUGUUCAUAAGAAUUCACUUAAUCAACUGUCGUCAAAACGUCCAUUGAAGAAUCACUUACUCAAACAUGUGGAAUUCACGUCGCUCUCCCCAGUCCCUUCAAACAGUAGCAGCAACGGUAACAGUGCAAGAAUCAUGGAUAAUUUGAGACAAUCAUCGAUUGUGAAGCAGCCUUUUCUUAUUCCUAACGUUCCAGAUGAUGAAGGAAACCUGAAGACCGAAGCUGACGGGCACGAAGAUAUUUUUCCUCUGCCAUACCACGAGAAAAAUCCCAACAAGAAUGGAUGUAGUCGUUUGCAGCCAGGAAGCUCUUCUAGAUUGCUGUCUUGUGACGAAGACUCCAGUUAUACACAUGACGAAGAUCAGGGAAAUGGUAUGAGUGACAAAGAUGAUGACAGCGACGAAAUAUUGGAACUCGUGUUAUCUGCAAUUCAAAGAGGGGACUUGACAUGUUUGUCGUCUUAUCUCGACGAUGGUGUUGACGUGGAUCUCUCUGAUUCAACAAGACGUAGUCUACUUUUUCACGCUGUUAAUUACAGCAAGAUAAGCGUCGUGCAACUGCUCUUGGAUAGAGGCGCUUCUGUUAAUUGGGAAGGACCAAACGAUAUGACACCCCUGCAUCAGGCUGCAUCUAACCGUGACAAAUCAAUUGCACAGGUUUUACUUUCUAAUGGAGCAAAUGUCCGAGCCAAAGACUGUGAAUUUCGAACUCCCCUGCACAUGUGUGCUGGACAUCCUAGUGGUACGGAAAUGUCAUGUCUUCUUAUUGAACAUGGUGCUCGAAUUAGUGAUAACAAUAUCGAUGGUUCACGCCCUUUGGAUCUCCUUCCGGACUUAAAAGAGCUUCAGAGUCGUUUGGUGCAGUCAGUUUGUGAGGUAUUUAUGGCUGCUGACAUCAGCAAAUCGCACUCAGACUCCAUUAUGUCUUUGCCAUCUGUAUACUCUGUGCACUCUGCCUGCUGGGUCACCCACUAUGGUCAAAGCCAGGGGAACGUUGUCACUAAUUCACAGCCAUUGGCUCAUGCUCGUGACGUCAGCCGAAGAUUUAUGGCCAAUUUUGACGUUGGAAGCUUUCAGUGGAAAAAAGAUGCAAAGAUCAUCAACAGUGAUGGUUCAGAACAACAUCAGCAACCAACAGUUAUACAUGAAGAAAAGAUUCUCUCUACGUGCAACAUUCAUGUAGACAAAACAAACGCGUUUGCUAAAAACGAUUUUCCAGCAACUACACAGGGACAAAACAUCAAUACGUCUUGCUCUUCAAGUAACCCGAGUAUGAUGGCGGAAAGAAUAGAUGAGGAGAGCUCCUGUCACGAAAACAUCCGAGUAUCUACGAAAAGUUCGCGACGAGGAACGAUGAUUGUCGGUUCCGUUGACACAUGGACUCGAGGUAUAUUGUCAGAAGCUGUUAUGAGCUCUACUCCAGCUGAUUUUGUCUUGGGCGAGAAAGCUUCUUUCAAAUGUGAUACACCAGUGCCACUGACCAAUCCUGAGAAAUGUGCAGACUCACGUUUCAUGACAUAUCAUGAUCCAAACUCCACCCGGCAGGGUAUCUUGCACAACAGCAAGCUACAUAAUGAUAGUGAUGAUUCGCUAAGGAGAAGAACGCGAAGGGACUCGGUUCGAUUUCAAAGCAUUAUAACAUUAGAGAAAGGGACUGGGGAUGGUGUUGUUGAUCCAGAGUCUUUGUCAUUAACUCAGGACGUCGGUAAAGAUCUGACUGACAGAACAGACUCGUUCCGCGCAAGACAGCGAUCAAAUACGGACAGCGGUUACAGUGGCACAUCCCUCACCCGUUCCUAUAAAGAGGAAGAUCCUGUUUUUGUUGCUCUUAACUCUCUAGUGAAGCUAUCAUUUAACCCCGAGUGUCAACCGUUACUCUUAUCUUACCUUUGCUUACCCAAAGCGUCAUCGCUGCUGUCCUUGUUUGCAAAAUCACCGACAUCUCGACCAUGGGUGGCAGAAGCAGUUUGUAUCCUGAUCAAAAAUCUCGCCAGUAUCGAAGGUCCAGAUAGUCGACGACGAGCAUCAGACGCUGGCCUUGUGCGAACUGUAUUGCAGCUUGCUGAGACACAGGAUCCAGUACAGAGAACUUGCUUAGAAGUUUUGGAUAAUUUACUGAAAGAUGUGAACUGCGAACGCGAAUACAAUUCAACGAUGACAAAUAUCCCUUCGGAGCCAGUUUUGAACCUUUUGUGUUGUUAUAAUGAUGGAGAACGUACAAUACAUAGUCGUUGUGCAGAAAUUGCUGAUCUGAAUGUUGGAAUGACUCGAAGGAUUUUCCGCUCGUUUCAAGAUCCUCAUCAUAAACUCAAUCCACGACUUGUUGCAACUCGUCUUCUUGUUGCAUCAAGUACUCAUUUAAAGGUACAAAGAGAGCUUGGUGCACAAAGAGCGAUAGGCUUACUCCUAGAAGCUUUGCGAGACGAUGACCACGAGAUCGUACACAACGCGGCUGUUACACUUGCCAAUAUUGCAAUGCACGAUGGUAAUCAUGAAGUCCUUGACAAUUCCGGUGUUGUUGAGUCGUUGACGAAGUUUGUGGAAAAGGAUUCUAAAACAUACUAUCACGUGACCCGUGCACUAGUCUACCUGAACUGCGAUGACGACGACUGCGGCUAUCUGUUUGAUCAAGACACAGAUAAACCACGACUGUUGUACACAGACUGCUCAUCUAACCAAGAACCUUACGUCAAGGGUGGGAAUUUGGAAGAACUGGUGAGAGUAUUGACGACGAACGCAAUUACUCUCUGGGGUGGUGUGCCAUUACUCGGUCCCUCCCCGACGAGUAGAUCACUCAUCAAGGGAGCAAAGACACGUGCGAGUGAAGAACAGGUUAUCGAGUUCAUUUUAGCAACAUAUGCUACGUACACAAAUGCCGUAGUUCUCAUGCGGUUGCUGAUUCAUAGAUUUCAUGAUCCGUCACUGAUCCACUUAUUUGAUGAUGAAACUGGAGUACUUAAAGAUCAGUCAAGUUGUCUUCCAUUGGUGCACGUUUCUUUGAUGAGGAUAUGGGUCACGUGGCUCGAGAAAUUUCCCCAUGAUUUCCGUGAAAAUCACGUGCUACAGGUUGAGAUGUGUCGUCUAGUUCGUAACUUAGCGAUCCAUCAGGGUCCUUACCUUGUUUGUGCCCAUCAUUUACGAGAUCUCCUGACUUGCUAUCGAGAGAAUUCUACGAUUUCUUAUCCACCUGACAAUCAUUGCCACCACGACCUUUUGUUUCGCACCUGCCAGCAAGCUGUGGUCAGCGGUAAACUACCUGUGAGAAUCGAUGACGCAGUUUAUCUUGCCGCAUUACAGUUAUAUAUUGAGCAAUCGUCAUCAGGAGACCAACCCAACUCAAAGGUGUUCGUCACGGACUACAGCAUGGAAAAAAUACCUACAUCUCGCAUUAAACUUUGUCUAAAUCCUUUCUUUCAUCGAGUGAAGAAUGUCUAUAAAAAAGUUCGCACAUAUAAUGAACAAAUAACAAGGGAUGCACCAAGUCAACGAAAGGCCAAACAUGAUUUCAUCGAUUGUUGUCAAGGAAUGGCCGCCUAUGGCUGUACGUUUUUCCGUGUGAAGGAGAUUUCGUCUAGUAAUAAAUCAAGCAUGCGCAAACGACUGCUUGGCGUUGGCGACAAGGAAACGGUGCUCCUCGAAAAUAAGAGUAGGAACGUGUUGAAAAAAUGGGAUUUGACGAGUUUGCUGGGAUGGAAGGCGGAGGAAAACAACAUUUCGCUAUUACUGUUGUUUUCCGAGUGCAGUCUUCAUUUUCAAUGUGAAAGUUACGAAGAUAGAGAACUUCUUCAAAAUACCAUCAAGAAAUGUGUCUUUAAACGUCAUUGCGAGGGAAUAAACAGGAAAGAUUAUCUUCCAUGGACGAAACGAUCAGAAGACAGACAAAACUGGGGAGAUGCAGCGAUGGAACAGGAGAUCAAUUGUCGAUUGGAAGUUCUUACAAAAACUACCAACAUAUUUCAAAGUCGUGAUGAGUGGCAAUCUUAUAGUCUUAUGUACACGAUACGAGGAAAUGAAGAAUCAAAACGUAGACGACACUCGUCCCCAGUUCACAAAAAUUCUAAACAGCGCAAUGAUCAUUUAACUUCGAUGCCGUUCUUUAAUAAUAAGAUGGCCGUCGAUGAGAAUGUGGGUGACGAUGUCUGUGUUCCAUUGAUGGCAUAUAGUGUUGGUACAUUAGAUCAGAAGAUAGCUGAGCCUUCGCACUUAUCAAGUAUUACUUCAUCCUCGCAAUACAAGCUGUCGUCAUCACCAACAAGAUCAACAUUGAAUCAACCUUCGUUGGCAAAUAUGAUUACUAACUACGAAGAUUGCUCAAGAGCUCAAGGACAGAAACCGAACACAGAAGACUUAAUGUCUUCUUUAAACCUUUUUGUUUGUAUGUGUCCACCAGACGCUGAACUGGCAAACUUUAACCGUACUGAUUUCACUUUGUUAAAGCUUCUUCGCUUUCCACGUGAGCUGGCCAGACAGAUCACUCUUAUUGAUCAUGGACUGUUUCGCAAUAUUACUACCGCUGACAUACUGAAGCGUGUGACCGACGGCUCAAAUAAGAGGCAAAAGAAAGAUGAGAAUUACCAUGGAAGGACUACUGUCGAGUUAUUUUCGGAUCGCUUUAACCAGUUAAGCUCUUGGGUCGUGGCCAGUCUCCUCAAGGAAGAAUGCGAUGAGAAUGUUGCCGAAAUGUUGGCUCAGUUCAUUGAGACCGCAAAGCAAUGUCUUGAGCUUCGUAAUUAUAAUGCCGUAAUGGCGAUUGCUGUGGGUGCUCUAUGUAGUUCACCAGUUCGACGACUUCGUAAAGCAAUCCCUGGCCUUAUCCCUAAGGCAUACUUGGAUCAACUUCAUAUCAUGGAAGUUUUGAUGGACUCAAGAGAAAAUCACAAGAAAUAUCGAGAAUCGUUGAGAGUAUGCCCAAGUCCAGCUGUCCCUUAUUUUGGAGUUUAUCUCAAAGAUUUGAUCUACAUAUCUGAAGGAAACCCAGAUUAUCUAAAUGGUGGCAUGAUAAAUUUAAGCAAACGGAGAUUAAUGUACAGUGUAUUACACGAGACCAGACGGUUUCAAGUGAAAUCUUACAAUUUCGAACAGGUACCUGAAAUUCGUGAAUAUCUUUUUAAUACAAGAUUUUAUACGGACGACGAACUUCAUCAAAUGUCGAGGAAAAUCGACACGAGUUCACGACGCACAAUCUCGGAAUGCAGUCGUGAGGUAUCGAUGUCGGUAUCGGGGGCGUCUAUCACGUGACUUGUAUCGAUCGUAGAUUUCAAAAAUGUCGUGUGUAUGGUGAAAUAUGUCAAAAUAAUUGCGUUCAUGGCUGGAUUGGAUGUGAAAAAGGUUUUUACGGAUGAAUAGUUACACAUUUUAUUGAUCCAUAUUGAGAAGAAGCUCAUAUUCACAUGUUUCUGCUCUUAACGAGCAAGUCUGCUGUUUGGAUAUUCAGUUUGUAGCCUGUAACGAAUAAAAUAGUUUGAUGUGAUAUGUGCACAUUUGAGGUUUUGCACAAUGCAGUAAAGAAUACUUUUAAUUUAUUUGAAAGGUGACGACGAUUAACUUAAAAACGUGAAAUUUUGAUGAAAAAAAACUUUGCGUGCAUUCAAA